CUCAAUCAACUUCUCUCUUUCUCUUAUGUCUUUCUACAGGUUUUGACAUUCUUCAUCUCGUUUCUUCUUUUUUUUUUUUCCAAUUGUCUUCCACAUUGGAAUCUUGAUUCUUCUGAUUUUAAGUACUCCCUACGUCCUAUAAACUGGAAACAAAAAAACUAUUGCGUUUGAUUUCAAUAGAUUAUAAACUAUUGCAAUAGAUUAUAAAUUUCAGAUUUUAAGGUAAAUCGCAAUAGAUUGAAUUUGUCCUGAAGACCACUUCCUAAAAUUCUUCAUGUUAUGGAACAAUGCAUAAAAAAAUGACGUAGUAUGCUGAGUAUAAAACGAAAGAAGAUUGAAUUUGUGGAGAAAACUGGGGCUACAAAUAAAAAGAAUUAGAUGACGGAUGAACUUUCCCAAGAGCAAUUAAUGGAGACUUCCUGUAUUCUGUCCGUGGAUUUAUAUUGGAGAAGAUGGACGGCCUUGAUUUGCCCAUUCAUGGGCGGGAAAAUGCUUUUUUUCACACGGCAUUUUACUUUUUUAAUUCCAAAAUCCUUUGCUUUUGUAUAAGAGUAUAAAUGUAUUUAUAUUGGAAAAUGCUCAAAGAAAAUUCUAGAGUUUGAAUAUUUUAAAAUAUUGAAUACGCACCCUAUUUUAAAAAUAUUGAUUCAGAGACUUCUGAGAGUUCACAACAGAUGUUGGUUUAUGAUAUUAUUAUGCACCAUGAUGGGGUUUUAGGGGAAUUUGGAUACUACGAUGAAAAGAAAUUUUUGUUGACUGUGGAUGUUGAUAGAAUGUGUAUGAAGUAUCUUGAUAAAUUGUUGGCAAUAAAUGGAAUUAAUGGACUGGUUAGGUAUUAUUGGAGGGAUCAUAGAACCCCUUAUCACAACGGUUUGAAACCCCUUCAAUUUGCUGAUGAUACAUGGGAAAUGUCAAAGUGUGGGUGUGAGUAUGGUUCUGUUCAUUUGUAUGUUGAGAGUGUAGGUGAAGCUAAAAUCUUAAAGAUAUGGAAUGAACUUAAUACCCCUACCCCCAAACCAAAACCUGGUGUUGUUAUCGAGGACCUUGAUGAUGAAAGUCCACCUAUUACCCAUCCAUUAAAACCUAAAAAAAGGGAAGCUGGUAGUUCAUUGAGAAGAGUGUUGGCCAUUUGCCAGGCAGAACCUGAGGGAAUUUUACAUGAGGAAGACAAAGGUGAACCAUCAUCUGUGAUUGGGGACGAACCAUCACCUGUUGAUUUCCAACAAGAGGACAAGAGUGAACCAACAGUGGUUGAAGAGAACAAGAGUGAUCCACAAGAGGACAAGAGUGAACCUCCAGUACUUGAAGAGGACAAGAGUGAACCACCAGUGGUUGAAGAUGAAAGAAUGAAUGAAAAUUGGGGCUUUGCUUCUGAUAAUGGGUGAUAAUGGGUGGCAGAGUGUGUCAAUGAAUAUAAAUAUGGAUGAUAUGGCAAACUUGUCUUUAAAUGAGAACUAGGACUUUGUUUAUGAUGACUGGACUAUGGCUCCCGAAACUGUCAACAACACAAAUGGAGAUAGCCAAAUGGGUGGCCAGCCAGGUGAACCUAAAUUGGGAAUUGAAACACCUAAUUGCAAGAGUGGCUGCUGACUUUCAUUACAACAUCAACUACCUUAAGGCUUGGAGAGCAAAGAGUAAAGCUCUAAAAUUAAU